GUCAACACACGGGCUACGACCUUUAGCAACAGAGUCGAACUCGAACGUUUAUUUUUCACGCGUGACAAUCACACCACAUGAUUGACUGAGAUUGUAGGGUCAGGCGAUCACUUGCUGACCUCGAUAGGCGUUGAAAUGUUGGGCAAUCCGUCGGCACUGCUGCUGCUUUUCGGCCUUUUCUGCCAGCUAUGUCUCGCCUACAAACCCGUCGUCCUCAUCCACGGCAUCUUGGCCGAAAAGGGUUGCAUGGAUGUAGUCGGCAAAAGGAUUAAAGAGGUUCAUCCUGGUACAAUUGUGUACGCCACAGACAGAUUCAUUGGCUGGUCCAGUUUGGCUCCAAUGUGGCACCAAGUGGAUGCUCUUGCUGCUGACUUGAUGAACAUCACCAAAGCUCAUCCUGAAGGAAUUCAUUUAAUAGGCUACUCUCAAGGCGGACUCGUUAGCAGAGCGAUACUGGAAAAAUACCCAGACCAUAAUGUGCAAACUUUUAUCUCUUUGAGCUCUCCGCAGGCCGGUCAAUAUGGAACAAAAUUUUUGCAUCUCUAUUUCCCGAACCUGUGGCUUAAAACGGCGUACGAAAUAUUCUACUCAGACGUCGGCCAGUACACCUCAGUUGCUAACUACUGGAACGACCCUCACCACCAGAAACUGUACUAUGAUUACAGUGUAUUUCUUCCUUUUACCAACAACGAGAAAUCGUCAAACCAAAGUGACGUUUACAGACAGGGUUUCCAGAAAAUUAAAAAGCUCGUUUUGAUCGGAGGUCCUGACGAUGAGGUGAUUACACCCUGGCAAUCUAGUCACUUUGGGUAUUAUAAUGAAAACGAGACAGUAGUCGACAUGAAGGAUCAAGAUUUCUACCAGAAAGACAUGUUUGGUCUGAAGACUAUUGACACCAGUGGACGCCUCCACGUGAUCACUCAGCCAGGAAUUGACCACUUCAGCUGGCAUGUGAACCUGACCGUGAUUGACACCCACAUCAUCCCGUUCCUUGACUAGGUGCAGUGCAAAGUUAGUGUCCGUUGAGUACCCUAGUAGUGUAGAAGAGGCAUGCUUAUUGACGAGGUCAUUUAACCUGAGAAAUAUUUCUUUACAUCUCAUUCAGUUCCAGUCAUUUGUUGCACAAGAAGUAUCAACUUAUUAUUAUUUGUGAUAUUUCGUAGACAUGGAUAUUGUGAAAUAUAAACCAUGACAUGCAAGAUUAAAUAAUGCUCAAAGUUCAUUAUUUUAUGGACUGAAGUGCUGCUUGAUACAAUCAAACGUUUUAUAUUAAUCUUUUAUUAAUAAAAUUCAACAUGGAGUAAAGUAUUAAAAAUUAAAAAGAAAAAAAUUAACUCACAAA